UCUUAAUGGACAGCGCCGGUCACUUGAAGAUCGCCGAUUUUGGUCUUGCCGUGAUGAACAUCUUUGGGGAUAAGAAGAUCUCAGAAUAUGCCGGAACUCUUAGAUACAUGGCUCCUGAGAUUCUUCUACGGAAGCCCUACAACACGGUAGUGGACUGGUUCUCAGCUGGUGUGAUGAUAUAUGAGAUGGCUACUGGCAAACAUCCAUUCUAUGCCGAUAUACUUCCUGGAACUAUCGAAAAGUCACUGAUCAAUGAUGUUCCCACCUACCCAAAAGGACUCAAUCCCCAAGCCAGAGACCUUAUAGUGGGGCUCUUAAACAAGUCACCAGAGAGUCGCCAGGUAGCGGUAGAUAACAUCAGGGAACAUCCGUUUUUCAUGGAAAUCAACUGGACAGAUAUAGAGGGAGCAGAAGCUCGUCCACCCUUCCAACUAGGACCACCACCAGUGAUGACAUUGACAAAAAUCGAUGACAUCCUGUCCUCCACCGAAGCCAAUAAGUCACCAAUGGCUGAAAGAGAUCAACAACUGUUCUGUGGAUUCACAUUUGCCAAUGAGAACUGGCAGGUCGUAAAGCCAAUUAAAGAACCUUUCAUACGACCACGCAGAACGUUUGGCAGAUUUGUGAGAGAGACCAUCUGCAGGAUCUGGAGGAAGGUGAAAAACUGGAAGUAAAGAGCUCCACUCUGUAUACAGAUGUCCCCAGUAGAUCAGUGGCUGAAAAACAUCAUGUUCCAGCAGAGCCUCUUGCUGACAUCAUAAACAGCAGAAAAACCAAACAACACUUGCUGUCCUUGUAUGAGCCUCAGAUUCCAAACUCUGACCUCUAUCUGCUCUCCUGACUACUCAUCGGUACUGUGCCACACCAGUCCUUGUUCCUCAGCUUCAUUUCCAGCUGCCACUAGAAGUAACCUGAGGGCUGUGACCUGCAGUCUAGCAUGCAGGCAAGAAGCUAUGGAGUCGAUGAAGAUUCUUCCAAGAGUCAAUGACUUGACCGCCAGCGCUUCUAGUCGACAAGUUGCCUCUUGUGCCCAAGGGAAGGGUGGUCCUUAGGCCAUGGUUCCCUAGAGGUUUCCUCCACAGGGGGUUUUUCCUUUCCUGCGUGCCAAUGGAUCAUAACAUCGACAAGAAAAUGGCGACUUGUUAGACUUUGCCCUCAGUGGAGAUCACACCAUCCAC